AUGACGGGAAAAGAAGAUUUUUCAGCGACAUCAGGCUGGUUAGAUAAAUUUAAGUUACGGCAUGGUAUUCGUUAUCUAAAAAUUUGUGGUGAAAAAGUUUCCAGCGAUGAAAGCGCCGUAGAGCCUUUUAAAAAAAAGUUUGCCGACAUUGUUGCUGAGAUGGAUUUGAGUAAAGAGCAAGUUUAUAAUGCAGACGAAUCUGCUGCAUUCUGGAGAGUGUUGCCUGGUAACACAUGGGUGCAUACAAAGGAAAAAUCAGCUCCAGGGAGAAAAAUUUCCAAAGAUCUUGUGACAUUUAUGCCAUGCUCAAAUGCUGCAGGAACACAUAAACUGUCUCUUUUGGUUAUUGGCAAAUCUGCUAAUCCAAGAGCCUUUAAAGGUUAUAAAAUUCCAGUGGUAUAUAAAGCAUCUAAUAAAGGAUGGAUGUCAACGUCCCUUUUUUUCGACUGGUUCAAAAACCAUUUUAUUCCAGAAGUAAAAGGGUUUCUAACACAGGUUAACAGACCACUCAAAGCAUUAUUGAUAUUAGAUAAUGCUCCUUCACAUCCUAAAACGGAUGAAAUUAAUUUUGACCAAAAUUUCAAAGUUCUUUUUUUACCACCAAAUUGUACGGCAAUAUUACAGCCUAUGGACCAAAAUUUAAUACAAAAUGUAAAGGUUACUUACAGAAAACAAUUACUGCAGCAUAUUUUAUAA